AUGGCUGAGAAGGCUCCACCAGGGAUCAACAAAAAGUCUUCAAGGUCUACCCUUUCUCUGCCUCCAGAACCAGUGGAGAUCAUUCGGAGCAAAGCCUGCUCGCGGAGAGUUAAAAUAAAUGUCGGUGGGCUCAACCAUGAAGUGCUGUGGAGGACUUUGGACAGACUUCCAAGGACACGAUUAGGAAAGCUCAGAGACUGCAAUACUCAUGAAUCUCUGCUCGAAGUAUGCGAUGACUAUAAUCUAAAUGAAAAUGAAUAUUUUUUUGAUCGACACCCAGGGGCUUUCACUUCCAUUUUGAAUUUCUACAGGACAGGGAAACUGCAUAUGAUGGAAGAAAUGUGUGCUCUUUCUUUUGGCCAGGAGCUUGAUUACUGGGGGAUUGAUGAGAUAUAUUUAGAAUCUUGCUGCCAGGCAAGAUACCAUCAAAAGAAAGAGCAGAUGAAUGAGGAGCUGAGGAGAGAGGCAGAGACAAUGCGAGAGAGAGAAGGGGAAGAGUUUGAUAAUACCUGCUGCUCAGAGAAAAGGAAGAAGCUCUGGGACUUGCUGGAGAAACCCAACUCGUCUGUGGCAGCAAAGAUUUUGGCCAUUGUGUCUAUUCUGUUCAUCGUACUGUCCACUAUUGCUUUGUCUCUUAACACACUGCCAGAGCUUCAAGAAAUAGAUGAAUUUGGGCAGCCAAAUGACAACCCUCAGCUAGCACACGUUGAAGCUGUGUGUAUUGCUUGGUUUACCAUGGAGUACCUUUUGCGUUUUCUGUCCUCACCAAAUAAGUGGAAGUUCUUCAAAGGCCCGUUAAAUGUCAUUGACUUACUGGCUAUCUUGCCAUACUAUGUCACCAUUUUCCUCACGGAGUCCAAUAAAAGUGUCCUGCAGUUCCAAAAUGUCAGACGUGUGGUUCAGAUAUUCCGUAUUAUGAGGAUCCUAAGGAUUCUUAAGCUUGCCAGACAUUCAACAGGCCUUCAGUCUCUAGGUUUUACGCUCAGGAGGAGUUACAAUGAAUUGGGCUUGUUGAUAUUAUUUUUAGCCAUGGGAAUAAUGAUAUUUUCGAGUCUCGUAUUUUUUGCUGAAAAGGAUGAGGAUGCUACAAAAUUUACGAGUAUCCCCGCAUCAUUCUGGUGGGCAACAAUCACUAUGACUACUGUAGGAUAUGGUGACAUUUAUCCUAAGACGUUAUUAGGUAAAAUAGUUGGAGGACUUUGCUGUAUUGCUGGAGUGCUGGUCAUAGCUCUGCCCAUACCAAUUAUUGUGAACAAUUUCUCAGAGUUUUAUAAGGAGCAGAAAAGACAGGAGAAGGCGAUUAAGAGGAGAGAAGCACUUGAGCGAGCGAAAAGAAAUGGCAGUAUUGUCUCCAUGAACCUGAAAGAUGCCUUUGCUCGCAGUAUGGAAAUGAUAGAUGUAGCAGUAGAUUCAGGUAAGCCUGGAGAAGUAGCCAAUCCAAAGGAGACACCUGAUGACAACCACCUGUCCCCAAGCCGGUGGAAAUGGGCCAGAAGGACAAUGUCUGAAACCAGCUCAAACAAGUCUUAUGAGAACAAAUACCAAGAAGUUAGUCAACAAGACUCCCAUGAGCAAUUAAACAACGCCGCAGCAUCCUCCAGCCCGCAGCACCUCAGUGCCCAAAAACUGGAGAUGUUGUAUAAUGAAAUUACUAAAACUCAGUCUCAGCCUAACCUUAAUGCUGGUUACCAAGACCAGUCAGCAAAGCCACCUGUGUAUGAAGAAGAAAUAGAAAUGGAAGAAGUUACAGGUCAGAGAGAUCCGUUGCCCACUGGACCUACGGACAUCAUAACAGACAUGAGAAGCACAUCCAGUAUCGACAGUUUUGCCAGUUGUGCGACCGACUUCACGGAAACGGAGAGGUCUCCCCUUUCUCUGUUUCCUGUCUCUCACUUGCAAAUGAGAUUUCCAGCUGAUGCUGUUAACCUGGAAGACAACCAAAGAGUAAGGAGUUCUCAGUUUAUACCGUUCGCAAAGGACAGAAUGUUUUCCCCAACCGAUGUCACCUUUGACUAUAAUCCAAUUGACAGAGCUGGUAUCAGUGAUGGCAGUGGAUCCCAAACUGUUUUGCAUGGUCAUCUGCAUUUAGACACUGCCAUGGAAAGCCCCAAAAGUUCCUUGAAAGGUAGCAACCCAUUAAAAUCUAGAUCCCUUAAAGUUAAUUUUAAAGACAAUAGAGGUGGUGCUCCACAAACUCCACCAAGCACUGCAAGGCCACUGCCAGUAACGGCAGGAGCGGACUUCACACAGGCCACCCCUCAGCACAUCAGCACCAUCCUCCUAGAAGAAAAUUCACCCCAAGGUGAACGACCUUUACUUGGUGCUGACGCAUCAGCACUUUGUCAGGGACCUGUUAAAAAAUCAUCCCCUCUCUUUCCCAAACAAAAGAUUUUCACUUUCCCUUCAAAAGAGAGGAGGAGCUUCACUGAAAUAGACACUGGCGAAGAAGAAGAGUUUAUGGAGUUGCAUGGUAUAAAACAUGAAAAGCAACAGGAUAUCAAGACAAAUUGCUGUGGGGAGAAACACAGUGAUGGCAACCAUUUAACAGAGGAGCCACAGGUCAGCUCUUCACCCAAAAGCCACAACUGUACCCAAGACAUUUACCAUGCUGUGGGUGAGGUAAAGAAAGACAGUAACCAAGAAGGUCACAAAAUGGAAAACCAUUUAUUUGCCCCAGAAAUUCAUUCAAGUCCAGGAGAAACUGGUUACUGUCCCACACGCGAAACUAGCAUGUGA